AUGAAAUGAGUACCAGAUUUUAAAGGAGACGGACACCUGCCAAUUACUCCGAUAUGACUAUACGAGCUGUGUUUUUGAUAACCCCUCCUUGGAAGCAAAGAUCAGAAAGCCUGAGGUGAAGAGGGAAGUAAGAACAAAGCUCCUGCAGGGAGUAAGCAUGGAGCUUUUAGCACAAUUGACAAGAGCUUAUUCCAAAUUUUUCUAUUGGAACUGGACCUCUCUUAACAUUUUUAAGAAUGAAAAAUUCCUUUCAACUCUGGUGGCUUCCCAGUGAGUGGUGGUAACGCCAGUCUUCUGGGCAUAAGGGUGAAACAUGGGAUAUGACUGGCUUCAAUAAAUAUUUUUGUAAUGAGCAGAAAUUUUUGAAGUGGAGGAGGUACCUCCUAAUGUCAUUGACUUCAUGUUUACUCUGGAACACAUUUGGCUUCAGUGCAGCUGUGGACUCUAAACCCAAUAUACUUCUGUUUCUGGCUGAUGAUCUUGGCAUUGGAGAUAUAGGUUGUUAUGGGAACAAUUCCAUAAGGACCCCAAACAUUGACCGCUUGGCAAGAGAAGGAGUGAAGCUUACUCAACACAUUGCCGCAGCUUCACUUUGCACUCCGAGCAGAGCAGCUUUCCUCACUGGCAGAUACCCCAUUAGAUCAGGGAUGGCAUCCAGUAACAGGUACCGAGCACUGCAGUGGAACGCCGGGUCAGGAGGGCUCCCUGCUAAUGAGACGACAUUUGCCAGGCUGCUGCAGCAACAAGGCUAUACCACUGGACUGAUAGGAAAGUGGCAUCAAGGUGUAAACUGUGAAUCCUUCAAUGAUCACUGUCACCAUCCUCUCAAUCAUGGGUUUGACUACUUUUAUGGAAUGCCUCUAACACUUCGAAACAACUGUCAAAAAAAUAAACCUCCAGACCUGGAUGCAGCCCUUCAAGCUAAGCUUUGGCUUUACAGUCAGAUAAUUACCCUUGCUGUGCUCACUCUUACUGCUGGAAAACUCACUGGUUUGAUUUCCACCCGCUGGAAGACAAUUGCCUGUGUUACUUUGGUGGGCAGCCUUUUCUUCAUUUCUUGGUAUUCCAGUUAUGGCUUUGUGCAGUAUUGGAACUGUAUCCUGAUGAGGAACCAUGAUGUCACUGAGCAGCCAAUGAGGUUAGAGAGGACUGCUUUCCUCAUGCUGAAGGAGGCAAUAUCAUUUAUCAAAAGAAACAGGCAAGGACCAUUCCUACUCUUUGUUUCCUUUUUACAUGUUCACACCCCCCUCUUUACCACAGCAAAAUUCCUUGGGAAAAGCUGUCAUGGUUUAUAUGGAGACAAUGUAGAAGAAAUGGACUGGAUGGUGGGGAAAAUUCUGGAUUUGCUUGACAAAGAAGGUUUGAAAAAUCAUACAUUCACAUACUUUGCCUCUGAUCAUGGAGGACACUUGGAGGCUCAGAAUGGGUCUGCCCAGCUAGGUGGCUGGAAUGGUAUUUAUAAAGGCGGAAAAGGCAUGGGAGGCUGGGAAGGAGGGAUCCGUGUGCCAGGAAUAUUUAGGUGGCCAGGAGUACUACCUGCAGGCACAGUAAUUGAUGAACCUACAAGUCUUAUGGAUAUUUAUCCCACAGUAGUUCAUCUGGCUGGAGGAACAUUGCCGCACGACAGGGUGAUUGAUGGACAAAACUUGCUGCCUUUACUGCAAGGAAGAGCUCAAAAGUCAGAUCACGAGUUUCUAUUUCACUAUUGUGGGUCUUACUUGCAUGCAGUGCGGUGCCACCAAAAGGACAGUGGAGCUAUCUGGAAGGCUCAUUUUGUGACCCCAGUCUUUCAUCCACCUGGGGCUGGAGCUUGUUAUGGAAAAAAAAAUUGCCCAUGUUUUGGGGAAGGUGUGACCCAUCAUGACCCUCCGUUGCUGUUUGAUCUCUCACGAGACCCUUCUGAAGCCAAACCUCUCUCGGCUGACAUUGAGCCCCUCUUUGACACUGUCAUAAGGACGAUUGGAAGAGCCAUCGAAGAGCAUCGCAGGACACUGACCCCAGUCCCAGAGCAGCUCUCUGUGUACAACGUGGUGUGGAAGCCGUGGCUGCAGCCAUGCUGUGGGACAUUCCCAUUCUGCUGGUGUGAUAAGGAAGGGGACAGCACACGAAUUUUGUGAGGUGUGUGUUCUAGUGACAUGUUCUGU